AUGGACAUCCUGGGUUCUGUGGUUUGCCUCGGUGUCAUAGCAUUGGAGGCCAUCGUUGGCUUGUGUUCUAAUGCCUUCAUCAUAUUUUCUCUCACCUUUUCUGGCUUCAGAAGGACAAAUAUUGCUCCGUGCAACUACAUCCUUAUUGCCUUGAAUGUUUCCACCAUGUGCUACACAAUUUCAAUAUCUCUAAACCUUCUGGUGUACUUAUACGGACCAUCGUUUAAUUUUACUUAUGCCUCGAGUGUUCUGAACUAUCUGACUAUUAUCAGCAUCACCUCCAGCUCCUGGCUCACGGCUGAUCUGUGCCUCUUCUAUUUUAUAAAAAUCCUUAAUUUCCAGUCCAGAUUCCUCUCAUGGAUGAAGAUGAAGAUUGACAGAAUGAUACCUUUGUUGAUAUUAAUUGUUGAAAUCCUUUCUCUGUUGGAGAGUUUCAUAGCAUCUUAUAUUUUCAAUCAGGACUUACCCAAAAACUCAACCAUUGCUGUCACCGAGGUGACCUCAGAACAUUACAGAAUGAGGCUGAAAUUCAUGAGCAUUGUCAUGACGAUGACUUCCCCGCCAUUCCUGAUUGCUAUAUUGACAACAACUGCCAGUGCCGUGUCUCUGAAGCUCCACAGUCAUCGCAUGGAAGCCAACACGGGUCACACUAACGGGAAAGACUACCAAGGUGCAGUUCAGACCAUGGCUUGUCUCGUAGUUUUCUAUGCCUUGACUGGCCUUGUCAUAAUUUUAUAUGGGCAAGAACUCUUUGAAGAUCAAACCUGGGGGUACUGGAUGUGUUUGAUGAUACUUACGUCUUUUUCAAUGGUUCAAUCCGGUCUCCUUAUUAAUGGUAAUCCCAAACUCAAAGAAGCGUUUUAUAAAAUGUUCCACCACUGA